CCCCCACACACACACACACACGCUCACGCACGCUCACGGCCACACCAAAAACCAAAUUGCUCCAUCGUCGUCGAUAUCGCGCUCACCUUGCCAUCGUCCGCAACCGGAGGACCAUCCAGACGCGACAUCACCGCACUCACCUCCGUGCGAGAGGUGCACACCCUAACGCUGAUACGGACACAUCCGCCUCGCUUGAUCGCCCAGUAUGCGCAUCAAGGAGGUCACCAUCGAUGGCUUCAAGAGCUACCCGGUGCGCACCAACAUCAAAGACUUUGACCCUUCCUUUAACGCCAUUACAGGUCUCAAUGGAAGCGGCAAGAGUAACAUCCUCGACGCCAUUUGCUUUGUACUUGGCAUCACCAAUCUGUCUGCCGUGCGCGCCACCAACCUGCAGGAUCUCAUCUACAAGCGCGGUCAAGCGGGUGUUACUCGAGCAUCCGUUAGCAUCAAUUUCGACAAUACCAAUCGCUCGCAGUCGCCUGUAGCGUUUGAGAAUGCCAACGAGAUUGUCGUCACUCGGCAGAUUGCCAUGGGUGGACUGUCCAAGUACAUGAUCAACGGUCAAAAGGCAACGCAGCAGGCCGUGCAGAACAUGUUUCAGAGCGUUCAGCUCAACAUCAACAAUCCGAACUUUCUCAUCAUGCAGGGCAAGAUCACCAAAGUACUCAACAUGAAGCCCCAAGAGAUUCUCAGCAUGAUGGAGGAGGCUGCUGGCACGCGCAUGUUUGAGGACCGCAAGGAAAAGGCCAUCAAAACCAUCACAAAGAAGGAGCAAAAGGUGAAGGAGAUUACGUCGAUCCUCACGGAAGAGAUUACGCCCAAGCUGGACAAGCUGCGUGAGGAGAAGCGCUCAUUUUUGGAAUAUCAGCGUGCGACAUCCGAGCUGGAGAGAUUGACGCGUCUAGCCAAAGCGCACGAAUGGCAGUCCCUCAGAGCGAGGUGCGAGGAAAAGACGUCUGCACUGUCUGAGCGCAGGCGGCAAGUCGAGGUGCAACAGGCAAAUGUCGACGCCCUGCGCAAGCACAUCGCCGGCAUAGAAAAAGAGUUGGAGGGCAUCGAAAUGAGGCGCGAAAACGAACUCACCAAGGGAGGCAAGAUGCAAGCAUUGGUGGAAAGGUCCAAGGCUAUGGCGCAUCAACUCGUCAAGGACAGGACCCAGCUCGAUUUCAAGGUCGCGAGCGUGGAUGAAGAGGCGAAGAGUGUGGCCCAGAAUCGGGACAGCUUGGACGCGCUGCGCAAAUCGCACGCGGAAAAGGCGGGCGCACUGGAAAGCGUGUCUGGUAGCUUUGCCACCCUCAAGGCUACCUUUGACGAGGAGGUCGCCGCAUUGGAGAGGCAAGACGAGCUGCUGCAGACCUUGCUGACCGGUAUGGGGUCCAAGGCCAGCGAUGGCGCCAAGCAGGGGGGCUAUAUGGGCCAGCUCGCCGAUGCUAGAGAGCAAGAAGCUGCGCUGGGCACCGAGAUCGAACAAGCCAAGCUGCGCAUCGGACACUUGGAAAAGGAGUGCAAAAGCAAGGAGCCGCUGGCGAAAAAGGCCGAAAAGGAAGGCGCAAGCCUGAUCGAGGAGCUUGAGACGGCGAGAUCUACCGCUGCGAAGCUCUCCGACAAGCUCGCUGCUCUCGGCUGGGAUGAAGAAAAAGAGCAAUCUCGGGCAAACAGCAAGUCAACGCUCACUUCGCGCCUGUCUGCGCUGUACGAGCAGAGGGAUCGACUCAAGUCGCGCUUGGCGGGCACAGAUUUCAGCUAUGCCGAUCCGGAGCCCAAUUUUGAUCGGAACAGGGUCAAGGGGCUUGUUGCGAGUCUUGUUGAUCUGGACGAGAACAAGCAUAAAUACUCUACCGCGCUGGAAGUUUGCGCUGGCGGCAGGCUGUACAAUGUUGUCGUCGAAGACGAAAAGGUGGGCUCGCAAUUGCUGGCCAAGGGUCAGCUCAAGAAGCGCGUCACGCUGAUUCCGCUAAACAAGAUCAGCAAUACAAUUGCCGCUUCUCAACGCAUCGGCGCCGCUCAAAAGCUGUCUCCCGGAAAAGUCGAAUUGGCCCUGCAUCUCAUCGGCUACGAGGAGCAAGUCUCGGCAGCGAUGGCCUACGUGUUUGGCAAUACUCUUAUCUGCGAGGAUGCGGAUACCGCCAAAAGGGUCACCUUCGAUGACGCGGUCAAGAUGAAGAGCGUCACGCUCGAUGGCGACGUGUACGAUCCGGCGGGCACAUUGUCCGGCGGAAGCAAACCUCAGUCGGGCGGCUUGCUCGUCAAGAUGCAGGAGCUGAAUGCUGUCGAUCGGGAGCUGAAGGAUGUCAAACGUGAGCUCGCGCGUAUUGACGGGGAGAAGAAGGCAGCACAAGAUCAAUUGGCGUCGUAUUCGAGAUUGAAGCGGGAGCUAGACCUUCAGCAGCACGCCGUGCAACUUCUCGAGGGCAGGAUGCAGAAUAGCAACGCCACGCGAAUCAUUACGGAAGUGGAUGCUCUCAAAAAGGGGAUUGCCGGGUUGCGCCAGAGCAUAGAAGCGGCCAAGACGAAGCAACAGACGGCGAGCGCUGAAGCAAAGCGGCUGGAAAAGGAGAUGGGCGAGUUUGAAAGGAACAAGGAUAGCAAGUUGGAUCAACUCAAAGCAGAUAUCAAGAAGCGGAGAGCGAGCGUGCAAAAGAAUGGCACCGAUGUCAAGGUCCGCCAAAGCGAAGUGCGGACUCUCGAAUUGGAGUUGGAGCAGGCCGCCUUGGAGGUGCAAAAUGCCGAAAAGUCUCUCGACGAGGCGAGCGCGCAGCUUCAGAGAAGCAAGUCGGAACUGUCUGGCAUGCAGGCUGCGUUAAGGGACUUGCAGACCGAGGCAGACUCGUUGGAGGCCAAGGUGGCAGCAGAGAAGAGCAUGCUGACCGGCUAUGACGAAGAGCUCGACAGUCUGCGGGAAGCUGCCAAGGUCAAGCGUCAGCAAAUUGCCGAUUCGGAGCUGGACGAUAAGCGACUCAAGCACGAGAUCGAAAAGCUCACUGGGGAGUGUGCUGGACUGGAAAAGACGAUCAAGCAGCUGGAGGUGCAAUUCGAGUGGAUCCUUGAUGAAGCAGAUCACUUUGGCAAAGCCGGCACAGCGUACGACUUUGGCAAGCACAAUAUGAACGAGGUCAAGCGGACUUGCAAGAAACUCGAAGAGCAGCAAAGCGGCAUGAAGAAGCGCGUCAACCCAAAGGUUCUGAACAUGAUCGACUCCGUCGAGAAAAAGGAGACGGAGCUCAAGACGAUGAUGUCGACGGUGCAAAAAGAUCAAUCCAAGAUCGAAGAGACGAUUGCGGAGCUGGAUCGAUACAAGCGCGACGCGCUGCAGACCACGUGGGAAAAGGUCAAUGGCGACUUUGGCGAAAUUUUCAACGAGCUCUUGCCGGGCAAUUACGCAAAGCUGCAACCGCCUGAAGGCAUGGACAUUACGCAAGGACUCGAAGUCAAGGUUAGGCUGGGUCAAGUCUGGAAGCAGAGCUUGACCGAGCUGAGCGGUGGACAGAGGUAAGAGAGGCGUUGAAGCUGGAUGUUAGACCUUGCGUGCUGAAUACCCACGGCCCAUGGCCGUCCGCAGAUCCCUCAUUGCACUCUCGCUCAUCAUGUCGUUGUUGCAAUUCAAGCCCGCGCCAAUGUACAUCCUGGACGAAGUCGACGCUGCCCUCGACCUUUCGCACACGCAGCAUCUGGGAC